UCAUUUCUUGUUUUGUUUUGAUCAGCUGACCUGCAGCUCCGCUUCGUCACAUGACAUCCGUUUCCCCUGUUUGCGUUGGACACACUCAGCUGACCUGGGAUCGGUCCUACCAGCUCAGACUAACAGCACUAAGUGCACCGACACUCACACAACUCUGGUUUGGUUUGUUUGUGUGUGUUUGUGAGAAAAGCGGAGUUCACCGGACUCGGUUUAAAAUAACGGAAGUUUAACGUGACCUGCUCGCCGCGCUGCUGCGUUCCUGUGGGAGACCAGACUUGUGACAAGUUUAGAUGUGACCGGAAAAACGGCUGAAAUCUGGAUUCACUGGACGCCGAAUUAACAGCUGGAGUCUACUAAUUAUCAGAGGAGUAACAUCUGUGUUUUAAAGAGUUUGUCUCCACCCGUCUGCAGAGAGACAAACAUGCCGUCCAACAGGUCGGUGUCUGACGCCCCCAUCACUCAGUUCAUCAACUGCAGAAUCCUGAGAGACCACCGACUGCAGAGAGAGGAUCUGUGGGUGCGUGACGGGAGGAUUUUGGAUCCAGAGAAGUUGUUUUUUGACGAGCAGGGUUACGCCGACAAACGUGUGGACUGUGAAGGCAGCAUCAUCGCCCCGGGCUUUAUAGACGUUCAGAUCAAUGGAGGAUACGGCGUCGACUUCUCUCAGCCGUCGGAGGACGUCGGUUCUGGACUUUCUUUUGUGGCCAAAAAGAUCCUGGAGCACGGCGUGACGUCCUUCUGUCCCACCCUGGUCACAUCUCCUCCUCCUGUCUACCACAAGGUUCUGCCUCAGGUCAAAGUUCACAACGGAGGCCCGCAUGGAGCCGGAGUUCUUGGUUUCCAUCUGGAGGGUCCGUUCAUCAGCGUGGAGAAGAAAGGAGCUCACCCGGAGAAGUUUCUCCGAACCUUCCGGUCCGGAGGCCUCGAGGACCUGAUUGAGGCCUACGGCAGCCUGGACAACGUUGCCAUGGUGACACUGGCUCCUGAGCUGGCCAGCAGCCAAUCGGUGGUGAGGGAGCUCUCCCAGAGAGGCAUCACUGUGUCUUUAGGUCACUCUGUGGCCAACCUGUCCCAGGCCGAGGACGCUGUUCAGCACGGAGCCUCCUUCAUCACUCACCUCUUCAACGCCAUGCUGCCUUUCCACCAUCGGGACCCCGGCAUAGUGGGUCUGCUGACCAGCGAUCGGGUUCCUGCAGGAAGGACGGUGUACUAUGGCAUGAUAGCUGAUGGGAUCCACACCAACCCUGCAGCCCUACGCAUCGCUCACAGAGCUCAUCCUGCAGGUUUGGUGUUGGUGACGGAUGCCAUCACAGCCAUGGGUCUUCCUCCAGGUCGUCACACUCUGGGCCAGCAGGAAAUUGAGAUCCAGGGUCUGCACGCGUACGUGGCAGGCACUACAACUCUCUGUGGCAGCAUAGCCACGAUGGACAUGUGUGUGCGGCACUUUAAACAGGCUUCAGGCUGCAGUGUAGAGGAAGCUCUGGAAGCUGCCUCGCUCCAUCCUGCUCAACUUCUGGGGAUCUGCAACAAAAAGGGAAACCUGGACUUCGGUUCAGAUGCAGAUCUCGUUUUGCUCGAUGAUGAGCUCAACAUCAAAGCCACCUACAUUUCAGGAGAGGAGGUUUGGGGGAAAGGAGCGUAGAAGAAGAAGGAGCCUGCAGACGGAAACUGGGCCCGGCAGCCGGGACCUUCGGUGCCUUCAGGGGACGCUGUUUACCACAGAACCACAAACAGAAACACAAACAGAACACACAGUGAACUAUCAACAUGUCGGUCCAGAGUGAACUAAUAACAGUUUGGGUGGAUUAUGAUUUGAAAAUCAGCGCAGAAGAUAUCUGAUAUAUCACACAUUAUAAAAUACAGUGAAUGACUACAACUCCCAUCAGCCUCAUCUGUACUCAAGCCAGGCCAAACCGUCAUCACACUAGUAUAGUAAUAUAUUAGCCAUCAGUAUCAUGGCUAAUAUAUUAUAUAAAAUAUAAUAUGAACAAACUACUUAACUGUCUGUUCCUGGAUGUCGAUCAGGCUCCUUUUGCAUUUAUAAAGAGACAUUAUUCUAAAAUAAUCUGGACUGUAUUUUCAGUACUGAGUGAGAGCGCUGCAGCCAGCAGAAACUAAGCUGGCUGUGAAGUAAUCCUUGGUGGGUGAUUGCACUCUGUCAGCAUGCAGCACGUCCAUUUAAAGUGCAUGUUUUUGGCACCGAGGCUCAGAUUGUUGGAGUAAGUGUCUGGAAACCUUUUUAUUAAAGAGUAAGAUCCAGCUGAUGCACUGCUGCCUUCAGAGACCACCGUAACACUUCAUUUACACUGAAGAGAAACAAAAUAAAACUUUAAAAGUUUAGAGUUUCAUUUUGUUUCUCAGCUUGAGUUUGAAUGAAGUCUUUUAUGAUGCUCCGGGGUGAAAUGACACGGCGCUGUCCAACAGAAAGCUCUGUCUCUUCUUCAGAGUCAGGGUGCUGCCGUGAAAAAGGUCUUUAACAACAGUCUGAGCUCCUUAUGAACACAGUUUAAAUACAUGUUCAGCUGCACAAACUCAGAAUCCACUAAAACACGACAACACUCAGCACGUCUCAUGAAGUUCUCCUUCAAAGUUUAACUUGAGUUCAUCUGUCAUCAGGUCCUUUUCUGUUUGUUUGAAACGCACAUACAUGUUCAGACGUGGAGUGUGGACGGUCUUCAGUCUGUAUUUGGUGCUGUAAGUGUUCGAAUAAAAUCACAGACUCAGCAGGUGUUAGGAAAUAAAUCCUGUCCAAAUGGAGCUUCAGAUGUCCUAAAGAGGCCACCGUACAGAGAUGACUACACAUUUGUAGUUCGCUGCCAGUAUUUUUUAUUUGAAUGAUCUUUAAAUCAAGUAUCGAGUGUGACUCCUUCUGACUGUUGUUCUGAUCGUCUUUAUGUUGCUGACAUAUUUUUUAUGAAUGAUUAUGAAGCUUUACAGUUUAUUUUAAUCACAUUUAUAGAGAUGCGAUUCAAAAACAGUUUGAUAAUAAAGUCGAUAAAUUAACUUUCA